CCGGGCUACUGGGGAUGAGGACUGACUGAGAUUUCACUGAAUUUUACUGCUGGCUCUCGCCUCUGGUGAAAUCAGAACUUAGUAUAAACUGAACACACUCCGGCUCCAGCGCCUGCAGGGAGAUACUUUUUCUAACCUGACUGCUGGGAGCAUUGAAACCUGCUCUCGUUUUUAAACACGGUGGCUCAAUGCUUAGCACGGCUGCCCCACAGGACCCGGGUUCGAUUCCAGCCUCGGACAACUGCCUGUUUGCAGUUUGCACAUUCUCCCUGUGUCUGCGUGGGUUUCCUCUCACAGUCCACAGAUGUGCAGUCACUAAGGCUCACAUUUGUCGUCUCUACGAUCGAUUUGAAGAGUUGGACAAAAAUAACAAGGGAACGUUGAGCCGGGAAGAUUUCCAACGGAUUGGAGAGCUUGCUGUGAACCCACUUGGAGAUCGGAUAAUCAAUGCUUUCUUCCCAAACGAGAAGCAGACUCUGGAUUUCCGCUCAUUCAUCCGGAUCCUGGCGUGCUUCCGACCCACAACGAAAGACAAGACCACCGAUCCCAAUGCACCAGAGCCGAUUAACAGUCGUACCAACAAGUUGCGGUUUGCUUUCCAACUGUACGACCUGGACGGAGAUGGGAAAAUCUCCAGGGAGGAACUUAUUCAGGUGCUUCGCAUGAUGUUGGAGGCACAAGUUACAGAUGACCAACUGGAGAGCAUCACUGAUCGAACAAUCCAGGAGGCUGACCUGGAUGGAGAUGGCGCCAUCUCAUUUGAAGAGUUCCGAAAGUCACUCGAGAAUAUUAAUUUGGAGCACAAGAUGAGCAUUCGAUUUCUCCAGUAAUGCCUGGACUGCUGCCCAGCGGAAGAUUCGCCCACGUUCUGUGUUCCUGAGGAGAGUAAAUGGACUGAGAUAGAAACUGCCAUGUUUUUGUUUCUGCUUUGAGAUUUCAGUGGCUUUCUUGAAUUCCUCUCACGUUUUGUUGAGUUUCUGCAGAGAGUUCGGGGUCUCUGCAGGGAGUGGGAGAUUUUGGCAUCGUUCCCAACCAGUCUAUCUUGUUCUCUGGCAAAAUGGGGAUUGCAAAUCCAUUUGGUGUUCUGGAAUCAAACAGCAGAAAAGUCAGUCAGGGUUUCCACUCUGGGCAGAAUUUAAUCCAUGCAAUAGGGGCGCUCUGCAUUGGCUGGAGAGCUGGUAAGAGUCCCACAUCUCUUCUAUUGGGGACAACACAUUGAAUUAACUUGCAUGAUCAACAGUGAACCAAGCCAUGGAUCCAGGAUCCUGGAAAGUGGAAAUCCUGCAUUCCCCCCUACCUGAGCAGAGGUGAGCAAUUGUCUAUUGCAGGCAGCGCCACUGGGAGAGCAGUGGCUGGUGCUAGGAAUACAGUCCCCUGAGGUUGCGGCUCACCAAAGGGAUCAAGCCACUGUUGAGUGUGGGUGAGAAGGUGGAGUGUGGAGGUGCUGUCAAUGUGUCCCACCUCCCCAAUGUCGGCUCCCUCAAUCAGGCACUAAGAGUCAAUGAGGUGGCUAGCUCGAGUCUAGAAAACCCAUCUCAGCCGAAAGUGCUUUGUCACAGUCAGUGUUCACAACAGGGAGUCUGAUGUGGGAUGAUGUCAGUCUAUUGUCCUUGGAAGCAAAUUGGGGGAGUUCAACAGGACUUCUUCCCUUUUGUUUGCUUACAUUUAACCCCUCAGCCAUUACAUCUCACACUCCAUCACAUUCCCACCUGCCCCACAUGUUACCUUCAUGUCAACUUGUGCCCAACAUACCCCAAUGGCCCCUCACACCAUCCUUGAUAACUCUAACCGCUUCCAUUCUCAUUUAUCCAGUACAGGAUCAAUAAAUCUUACAAUACCAAUGGCACAUGAGGCACUGCUUUUACCAUUCAUAAUUCUAAUCUUUUUAAAAGAAUACUCGCCUCAAACCAAUAAAAAUGUUAAUCAACCAGACCUUUAAAGUAUCAAUAACAAAUUAUAGGUGUUUGACAUUUGUUUAUUUUGAGGAAAUAAACACUGUGCCAUUGAUAAAAGUGAUCACACAAAGCAGCUGAUGAUACUGUCAAAACCCUGUAAAUCUAAUUUAUACAUGUUACACGACCCUGAGCGUAAAUACAGGGUAGGGGAAGGGGUCUGGGUGGGUUACUGUUUAGAGGGUUGGUGUGGAUUUGUUGGGCUAAAGGACCUGUUUCCACACUGUAGGGAAUCUAAUCUAAUCAUGUCAGACCUCAUGCUUGGCUGAAGCCUUGACUCCCAUAACAGGAUUGUGGGUAAGCUUGUUGAACGAGGUACAGAACAGCUUACCACAGAAGUGCUCCCAAACCAAAUGCUCCUGAUGAUGGAAAACUGACUGUGAUUUUGUUUUCUUAUUCCUUCAUGGGAUAUGAGCUCUUGUUGCUGAUCGUUAAUUGUCAUUAGGAGUCAACAGUGAACCGCCAUCACAAACUGCCGCAGUCCAUGUGGUGUAGGGGCACUCUGUUGUUAGGGUGGGGGGAUGUCAGGCUAACCCAAUGACAAUUAAGGAGCAGCAACUAUAGUUUGUUAUAAAACCAGAUCAGUACCCCAAAUUACUUACAGAUAAAUUGAAUCUUUAAGUACAACAUAUGUUUUUAAAAGAAAGACAUAAAAGUCAAAGAAUAGCUGAGGAUGUAAAUUCAGCAGCUGUCUACAAUCCCUAUGUGGAUUGGAAAGAAUCCAAGAGGAAUCAUGAAAUGUGAUACCCUGAAGAGUGUCAUGGGAACUUCAAACAGAAACACCUCAAAGGGAGAAAUGCCAUUCAGAAAACUGAGAUGUGUUCUCCCAUGGCUUAUGUCAUAGACUGAUGAAUUGGAAAAAAAGGCAGUUCUGGGCAAAAAGCAUUUUUUAAAACCAUUCCAGAAGUAUAAAAGUAAGGUAAGAGUUACAAACUAGCCAUAAUCCCAGUCUCUGUGUGUUAGUGUGCUAGUUUGUGGUUCAAGUUCUACUUGUGUUAUGAAGAGGCACAGAUGAAAUUUCCUCUAGAUGCUACACGUAAAACACAUACCCUCCCUCUCGACUGAAACCAAGCCAAAUGAGGAAAUCUAUUGUUGAAAGAAAGUGAACGAAACUUUUCAGUUAACUGCAGAACAAAGGAUCUCCAAACUGCCAAAAUCAUUGCUGCCAGAAUCACCACCUUAACAUUUCACAAUUGAUUAUUCAUGGGCAAGUUGAAGAUCAGUUUUGCUUUUUGGUUUCACUUGACGCUUCUAAUCUGUGUGUAUGUUUGACACAUUUUAAUGAUUUUUUUUCGUGUUUUUAGUUGCUAAUAAACUCACUCUCCCUUUAACUUAAGAAA